UUGGGUGUGCUGUACUCCUCCAGGAACACCAGCUGCAGGAGAAUCUAUUGUUUUGUGCUCAGAUGAACUGAACGUUUUGCAAUGAUCCUCCACUAAAUGAAGGCAGUUUCCUGAGCAGUGUGUUAGACGUCAUUCCCUGGGCAGCGUGAAUGAAGGAGCCUACUUCUGAAGAGAGAAACAGAAAUUUCAGGGAAGAGGCUUUGGAGACACAUAAGCCAGAAAACAUGAUCCAACGGCAGCAGGUGAUCCGAAUCACCUACCUGAUCACAGCCCUGGACCUGACUUUCCUGUUCAUGCAGACUGGAAUCAUUCCAUACUUGGCGAAGAGCCUGGGUCUGGAUUCAGUUGACUUUGGCUACCUUCAGACAAUCUUUGGUGUGCUCCAGCUUCUGGGAGGUCCUGUUUUUGGAAGGUUUGCUGACCAGUUUGGUGCUCGGGCUGCAUUAACGCUUUCAUCCUUUGCUGGAUUUAUCUUAUUCCUGCUGCUGUCUGUCUCCACCAGCACCCCACUUCUCUUCCUGUCCAGAAUUCCAGCCAUAUUCAUGCAUGGGCUUCCAGGUGCCCAGAUGGUCGUUACAGAUCUGACUCCUCCUCCUCAGCGUGCAGAGGCAUUAGGGAAGCUUGGCCUUUGUUUUGGGGUAGGAAUGAUCAUUGGAUCCUCACUGGGUGGAACUCUUGCCACAAAAUUUGGCAUUUACUUUCCUUCAUACAUUGCACUAGUGGGAAGUCUCAUAAACACAGUGAUAGUAAUGACCUGCAUUCCUGCUCACACGAAGCCAAAGUCAGAAGGACGUGCCAUGCAGCCAAAUGCAUCACAGUCUGGUAGUGUGUUUAGCUUCAGAGAAAUCCUACGCCUGCUGAAGCUUCCAGGAGUAAUGGAAGUUUUCAUAAUCAAGGUCCUUUCUGGACUUCCUACAGGUUUGUUCCUGAUUAUGUUCUCCAUCAUCUCUAUGGAUUUCUUUGGACUGGAGGCAGCAGAGUCUGGGUAUCUCCUGGCAUAUUUUGGUGUUCUUCAAAUGGUGAUCCAGGGCCUGGUAAUUGGAAGGCUAACUAGUUACUACACAGAGCGUACCCUACUCAUGUUGGGCGUUGUCGUUUUUGGUGGCGUGGGGCUAGCCUUGGCUCUGAUGACCAACGUGUUCCAUUACUGCAUCAUCUCUCUCCCCAUGGUGUUUGCAUUCUGCACUGUGGGCAUCAUCACAGACAGCAUUCUCACCAAGGCCGUUCCCACUUCAGACACCGGUUAUGUUAGAUACUCAGUCAUCACAUUAUUGGAAAGGAAGGGUGAAGAGGCUGAAGGGGUUUCUAAGCAUCAAGCUAACCUCAGCUGGAGCUCCAAGCCUUGCUGUAGUGAAAGAAGACUCCCAAAGAAGAAGAGCCAACUACUAUGUAUCCAGCCAUCUCAGAAGAACAUCUACAAUCUGGAUUGCAGUUGGAUACAGUUGCCUACCCGUUUUGGUGCCAUGCUUGGGAUAUGUGCAUCAGUUCAUCCCCUGAUGCGGACUGUGGGCCCAACAAUAGGUGGACUUUUGUACAAACAAUUUGGAGUCUCAUCCUUUGGUUACUUGCAGCUGGCUGUCAACCUAGUUCUGUUUUUGUAUCUUUCAAAGAAUAAAAUCCCUCCUAAAGAGGAAAAAGUUCAAUAAUUCAGGUUACACAGAAUGUUAUCCUUUUGUCCACAAAAAUUAAAAAGCACUUAAAAAAAAAACCCAUAUAUGAGUGUAUUUUGACUGCAGCAACCAAGAUUGAAAAUAAAAUACAUUAAACCACUGCUUCAUAUUUCUGCAGUGGAUAUACUUAGAAAGCUACUGCUUACAAAGCCUUGCAAUAAUUCAUGGAGCUGACAGAUUGCAGAUGCUCCAGAGCCUUCACAGAUGAAAAAGUCAUUUGUAAUUGUAUAGCAAGCACUUAACAGACAGAACUGGACCAUCAGCUGUUGUUAAUCAGGAUACCUCCACUGAAGUCAAUGGGGCUACACGGAUGGAUAGCAACUGGAAAUCCCCUCCCCUCCACUUCUCUCUGUUGUAAUCAGUGCCUCCAUGAGGCCCAUAUGGCAAAUGUUAGUGACAAAAGAUAUCAGAACCAAUGAUUCCAUUCAGUUUACCAAUAGACACAGGCAUCAUCUCUUGCACUACUAGUGUGGAGGUAAAGGCACAUUGGCCAAGAUUUUCAGGGGAAGUGUCCCUACUAUUGGUUCCCUAAAUCCAUACUUAAACCAUGCGGCAUAUAUAGUUUAUAUAGCAUUUUGCACAAAAAGAUAUAAGUGGAGAAAGCAUUUAUGACUUAAUGCUAAGCCAGCAUCUGGUAAUCUGUAAUAAAACACAGCUUUUUAUUUAGAUGUGUGUAGUAUACAAGGGCUGUACAUGUUGCUUUUUCAUGUGGCAUAUAAAAACCUCACUAGAGGAGGGAAGGCAGGCAGCCUAAAAUGCAGUAAUACAAGGCAGAGGGGAAGAAACAAGCCGGGGUGGAGCAGAAGACAAGGAAACAGUACUUUAUCCUACUUCAGUAUUCAGACAUCUCUAUACAUGUUUCUCUCCACCUACCAUCCAUACACAGGUAGAGAACUAGGUCUUUCUUCUGUACAUCCCAAGAGAUGACAUCUACAAGCCAGCUUCACCCAGCAAAAUUACUUACCCAGGCCUUGACUCACACUUGACUUCACUAGUCCUCUUGGUUUUGCACAACCAUAUUCUUUCCCAGGACCCUGGUUUUGUCCGCCCCUUUUUGUUAAACUCAUUUCUGCUUACAUUGCUUUUGGUUGCUACAUGCUGUUUUUAUUACUUGUAAUUCCCUGCAAUGCCCUCAAGCAAGAAUUGAAGCAAGUCAUUUUAGCUGGUUAACAAUUUCAGGUUCAGUUGCCUACUACUGGCCUGAAGAUCUUGCAUUCAAGUCAGCUUUUAGUGCUGAUUGCUUCCCCUGCACCACCCCAUCCUUAUACCCCGCUUUCCCAGCAUUGUAGCUGUAGAGGCUAUCAUUUUAUGUUAACAGAAUUGGUGAUGAGUUAAGUCUUGUAAGAUUUUACUUCAGUACACCCAAAAGUUCUUCAAGCCCUUAGAUUAUGUAUGUGUUAAGAGCAAACAAUCCAAUGGCAAUUCCAGCUUUUGCAUUAAAAUUGGAAACACCUGA